GGCAACCUCCGGUACAGUGCAUAUCUAUACCUGAACGAGGAGGACCACAAUAUAUUUCUACUGUUAUAAUUCGCAUGCAAGUUGAGUCAACCAUGGACGAGGAGGGGUAUCCACUCGCGAGUCUGGAGCAGAGACUGGAGAGUGAGGCCUCGCGCGGCCUGCUCUCGCGGUGUCACGAGUCAGGCGAGGCAGCCUACUGCCAAAUCCAGGUUAUCCGCAGGCCCCCCGCCGGCUCCGAAGUGUCCUCUCCUUCAGUAAGGAAGGGCGUGUUCGAGAGGCCAAGCGACGGGCUUGCCCUUUGCGCGGCCCCAAGAUUCAGCUACUCAAGGAGGAAACGUUUCAGGAUCGACCAUGCUCUGUCGAGCCAUGUGGAGGAACUCCACUCCAGGACCUUGUACCAGGCUGCCAUCAGGCGCCGGGCGCUCCACGUAAAGGUGAACUCCUUAUCCCUAGACCCUCAGCUUCAUCAGGACAUGAGUAGAGUGCUCCACAUUCCCGCCAACCAGGGCUGCCUUUGCAACGAUCCAGCAUGCCCUACUGUGUCAUCGCCUCCUGGCGAUGUCAUAUGUAGAAACAGGCCGUCAGAGAACCCCCGCGUCAUGCCGUCACCCACCUCAGCAAAUAAGCCCAAGGAAAAGAGAAGAGAAGUAUACAUCAGCAUCUGGAAGGAGCUUUUCCUCGGAGAAGCCAUCUUUGAUGCGCAAGAGCCGAAAAUCCCAGACCCGAGGUAUCGUUGCUUGUUCAAGUCUUCGAAAUGGGCGAAGUUCGUACCCUUCUUCCUCCUCAAGCUUUUACAUUUCUUAUUCAUAAUUUUGCGCGUUUGUCUACCGUCAGUGAGCAUAACUGGGUUCUACUACCUCCGGGUGUACAAGCACCAACGGAUCCACCAGGUAGGCGAAGAGCGGGGAAUCGAACCUGUGUUCACCGGGAAGGUCUACCACGGCCCCAUCAUCUACGGGGUUCGAAUGCUGACCUGCCCCUUCUGCAGGGAGAAGAGCGCCUCGAAGAUCAGCCUCAAGUACUUCGAGUCCACGUAUCGAGAGCGGAAGGAAGCUGCAGUGCGGUAGAGGCGGAAUGUACUUCAUGUGAUGUGUUUUAUAUAUAUAUAUAUAUAUAUAUAUAUAUAUAUAU